CUGRUGCGCUGACUUUUUGCGGGGUUGAUGUACAGUAGCUAGCUAUCACAUUUAGCCACCUAAACGGAGGUACACAGAAGCGAAGURGCCCGUCUUAACCGAUAAACCGACAGGUUGUGGGUGGGUGAUUUCCACAAGAUGUCGUUCCCUCAUCUCAACCGAACCCUUUUGCCACCGGGCAUCCCCCCUCCACAGUUUGCUGGUUUUCCUUCAGGUACCCCAAUGAUACCAGUCCACAUGGGUAUUAUGACCCAAACCCCCGCGGUCUUGGUGCCCACCUCCAUGCCUGUGGCACCCAGGAAGGAGGCCGCCCUGGUGAAGGCCAAGGAGACGGACGAGAACAGUGGCCCCACCACCACUGUGUUUGUAGGGAACAUCUCAGAGAAAGCCUCGGACAUGCUGAUUCGACAGCUGCUGGCGAAAUGUGGCCUGGUCCUAAGCUGGAAGAGAGUCCAAGGAGCCUCUGGAAAACUUCAAGCUUUUGGGUUCUGUGAGUACAAAGAGCCUGAGUCAACGCUGCGGGCCCUGCGGCUGCUCCACSAGCUGCAGAUCGGGGUGAAAAAGCUGCUGGUGAAGGUGGACGCCAAGACCAAGGCCCAGCUGGAUGAUUUCAAGGCCAAGAAGAAGAGCAGCACCAACGGCAAUGGGGCAAAGGCAGAGGGUGGAAAAGAGGAGGCGGAGGGARAGGAGGAGGUGAUCGACGAGGACACUAAGAGGCGGGAUCAGGUCGUCAAGGGCGCCAUCGACGGUCUGAUCCGCGAGUAUGCCAGCGAGCUCAAUGCUGCCUUGAAUGAUGAGUCCCCCCACCGCAGGAAGAAGAAAGAGAAGAAAGAAGAGGAGGAUAUCAACGCAAUUGACGGAUUGGAGGAUGACAAGAGAGACCUGAUUUCUAGAGAGAUCAGUAAAUUCCGCGACACCCACAAGAAACUGGAGGAGGAGAAGGACAAGAAAGAGAAGGAGCGUGCAGAGUUUGAUCGCGAGCGACGGGAGAGGGACAAGGAGAGGGAACGCGAAAGGGAGCGMCGGGACCGCGAGCGGGAGAAAGAGCGCGAGAAAGAGCGUGAGAAGGAGAGGGAGCGCGAGCGCGAGAGAGACCGUGAACGGGACAGGAGUGACCGUGAUCGCAACCGGACGAAAGAGAGAGAGCGGGAGUGGGAAAGGGAGAGGAGCCGCGACAGGAGCAAUGACCGCAGCCACUCCAGGUGUGUGUUUUUAAAUAAAGCAAUGAAUUGUGAAGUAAGGAAUGAUUGGGAGGUAACUAGGUUGAUGUUAUGUUGUAGAGAGGUGAGUCGCGACAGAGACAAGGACAAGAAGCGUGACCAGGAGGAUGAGGAGGAGGUCUACGAGCGGAGAAGGCUGGAGAGGAAACUCCGAGACAAGGAGGCAGCCUAUCAAGAGCGUCUGAAAAACUGGGAGGUCCGCGAGAGGAAGAAGGCUCGAGACUACUCCAAGGAGUCUGAGCGGGAGGAAGAGCGCAGGAGAGAGAUGACUAAAGAAAGCAAACGGCUGAAGGAGUUCCUGGAGGACUAUGAUGACGACAGAGAUGACCCUAAGUACUACAGGGGCAGCGCACUGCAGAAGCGUCUGAGAGACCGGGAGAAGGAGACUGAGGUGGAUGAGCGUGACAGGAAGAGAGAGAAGGAAGAGCUGGAGGAGAUCAGACAAAGGCUGCUGGCCGAGGGACACCCAGACCCCGAAGCCGAGAUACGCAGGAUGGAAGAGGAGGCGGAGCGUCUGCGGCAGCCUCCGGUGAAGCUAGAGCCCGACCCUGAGGAGGAGCAGGUACACAAGGCCCCACGGAGAGAGAGAGAGGGGGAGGAGGAGUUUGAUGACGACCAAUCGGUGUCCAAGCCCUGCCUGAAGCCCACGCUGCGGCCAAUCACGGCGGCCCCCUCUGUUUCGUCAGCCAGCGGGGGUGCCACCCCCAACACGCCUUGUGGCGGGGACGAGUCGCCCUCCGGCAUCAUCAUCCCCCACGAGAACUCUCCCCCUCACGAGACCCCGCCUCAGGAGUUCCGCCCCAAGAUCGGSCUCAGUCUCAAACUGGGAGCCACUAGCAGCCCCAGCCAGCCCAACGUGGCCAUCAAACGCAAGAAGCUCACUGUGGACAGCGUCUUUAACAAAUUCGAAGACGAGGAGGCAGACGAGGCUCCCCGCAAGCGCAAGCUGGUGCCUCUGGACUACGGCGACGACGACAAGAACCUCCAGAGUGUGGUAGACGGCGCCUCGGGCCUGGCGGCCAUCAAGGGCGCCAACACAGAGGAGAAACGCAAGCACAUCAAGAGCCUGAUCGAGAAGAUCCCCACGGGCAAGACRGAGCUGUUCUCCUACCCGCUGGACUGGUCCGCCGUGGACUCGACUCUGAUGGAUCGACGCAUACGCCCCUGGAUCAACAAAAAGAUAAUCGAGUACAUUGGAGAAGAGGAGGCUACGCUAGUCGAUUUUGUCUGCUCAAAGGUGAUGGCUCAUGGUACACCACAGGGCAUCUUGGAUGAUGUUGCCAUGGUUUUGGAUGAAGAAGCAGAGGUCUUCAUCGUCAAGAUGUGGCGGUUGCUGAUCUACGAAACGGAAGCCAAGAAGAUUGGGCUGGUGAAAUAAGAAACCCAAGAAAGCACUGAACGAAUCCAACUUUUUCUAAUAGAGUAAUCUGACUUUAGUGUUGUCAGUCACCAAAAAGACUUCUCAAUUUGAGCGGCCUAAAAUCAAAUGGGCUCAACCUAAUACCCCAACAGCAUUCACUCGUUGAGCUCCCRUUUUCUCAUUCUUCCAAUAGACUCUGGUACAUGUCAUGUUACUCUACUGCAGCUGCUGACUUUGUAUUGGUGUAUAGCCUACGUGUGUGCUUGAAUGACUGACGACGUGCUUAUUGAAGAUGCAUGAAAGCAACCACUUGGACAAUGACCCUACUACAGUUUCUUGGCUCGAGUUGGAUGUUCUGWGGGUGACAGUGGAGGUAGCGGAUUAGGGGUUAACGGUUGAAGAGAACAUAGCUACUAAGCUGUGGAAAGAAGUUCACCGUUCUGUUUCUCUAUAGUUUUGUGACGUUAGUACUCGGAACCAUUCACAACUUCUAUAUCAUAAAAGUUAUUUGACUGCUGUUUCGACGUGGCAUCUGCUGAGUGAAACUUCUGUUUAUGCGAAGGGUAAACCUUAAAGGUAUUUUUGUUUUUGUAUUACAAACAAUACUUUCUAUAAAUUCUGCUAUUGAACAUUUGAYUUGUGGUUGGUUGGUCUUGUAACACAGGCAACAGCACCGCCUGGAAAGGAUACUGAUUUGUGUAAACAUUGUUUCCAUUUUUUCUUUUUGUACCAGUGGAAAUUUUGUUUGGAAUAAAGAUUUUUUUUAAAGAAUUGUA